AGACGCUCAAAGAGGGAGACCUAAGAACGAGCAACCCCCGACUUUGGAUUUUACUACAGUUCCUCUCCAGACAGAUCCAGCUAAACACCAAAAUGGUUUCUAAGGCGAUGAAACUAGCAGAAAUUAUAACAGUGCUGUGUGUAGUGUUCUUUGUCACAUUGACCGUCGGUGACGGAGCACCACAAUGGCGACCACAGGGUCGUUUUGGCAAAAGAGGGGACCAGAGACAAUAUCCACUUUCAUGGCAGCCAGACUCUGAAAGUGAUAUAGAUGUAUACCCUGUAGUAGAACGCAGAUCAGAUACAGAAUCAGACAGCGAGAAGACUUUAAAACUGCUUGAAAAAUUAUGUGUAGAGAGCAGCUUACCCGGUCUGUUUAGAUGCUACAGAAGAAAAAGGUCAGCGGCGGUGGGGGAGCACGAUCGUUCGUAAUAGAGAAAAACGUACCUUAAAGAUCUGUACAAAGUAUCAACGUCACAAUGUGGUUAAUAAAUGCCUGGGAAACUAGAAUUAUAAAAUCACACUGGAGGCUACCGAAUUUAUACCUGCGCCAGACGAUAGAGCGUGAGCGAUAUUAAGAUUACCCAACAGAGGGGUUGUUUUGAUACUUUAUUAUGUUGGACACAAUUUAAAAAACAUCAAUAAUGACGAAAUAAUAAAACUUUUAAUGAAAUUAGAAACGACGUCAUUAUCAAUUAAUUGUGAGGAUUAUGAGUCGACAGCCUCCAGCCAACUCUUGUGUGUAACUCAAUCAGGUGCACAGUUUACCUCAUUAAGGACUAUUAACUUUCGAGCUUGCGAUCAUUGGUCAUCCCAUGAAAUAACAAAUGCAUUACUGGAUAUCAAAUUCACACUGUGGAAAUUGAGUUGGCCAACAACAAUAACACUGUGUCUCACGAAAAGGUAAUUAUUUUAGGCUGUGUUAUUACGUAAAUGUGGCUAACUAUCUGGUUUAAAUAUCACUGUUGUUACCUACCAAAGGAAUCUCGACAUUUUAAUGCUUGAGUUUUUCAGUUGAACUCUCAGAAAAACAAAUAUUGGAUUAUUUUGGAAAAAAAAUAUAAUCAAUUUAAAAACAAAAUAAAAAAUAUUGGAAAAUAUUUUUGUACACAUGUCUCUGAAAUUGUUUCUCUUCACUUAUCGUUGAUUUUGAUCAAUGAGUCACUAUAAUAUUUUCAGAAUCAUGGAUGUCUAACUAAUAAAAGCAUUC